UACGAGUACUGUAUUGGCGAUUCACACUCCUCUCUCAACUCUCCAUCUGCCGCCUUCCUUUCUUCGACGUUGGCAUUCUUAGAGAAGCACAGGAGACUACACACUCCUUUCAUUUUCUCAGCCCAAAUGGUAAUGCCCACCAAAAUUUCUCAUGCCGAUGAGAAUACCCUCUCUACUGUCAAAGAGAUGGCCCUCAACACUGAAAAUGCCAUAGCUUUAGCAGGCGAUGCUGCUCCUGUCGUUUUAGGUGCAGGAGGGAAACCUUUGCCGCCACCCUACAAGUCUACAGGGAAUGAAGCGCUUGACACACUUGCUUUCCUGCAUAUGCUUGAGCAAUUAAAGAUACAAAAGCGAUCUGGGUGGAUACGUGAGGGCGUUAAACAGGCAGAAAGUAUAUCUGACCACAUGUGUCGUAUGGCUCUCAUGGCUAUGAUGCUCCCAAACAGCUCAGAACGGCCACUUGAUAUUCCCCGUUGCGUCAUGAUGGCACUGGUACAUGACCUUGCAGAAGCUUAUGUUGGUGACAUUACUCCUGUCGAAGGUGUCCCUACGCACGUUAAGCAUCAACUCGAGGAACAAGCAAUGGAUACUUUCUUGAACGAGAUGCUAGGCGGAAAAGGAAAUAAGGAUGCGAGAGAACGAUUCAGGUCUUUGUGGGAUGAGUACGAAGCCAGGGAAACUCCAGAAUCCAGAUUGGUAAAGGAUCUUGAUAGGAUUGAAUUGGCUCUUCAAGCUGUUGAAUAUGAACGGUCUCAGGACAUCCAAACCCUCGAUCCUUUCUUCAAAGGUUCCAUACCCAAUCUUGAGCAUCCGGUCACACGACAAUGGGCAGCAACUCUUAUGGAAGAACGUCGACAGUUAUGGACUUCCCGAGGACGGACUCAUGAGGGGCUGGGGGAUUGGGAGACAUAGUUCCCAAGGGCCGUGUUAACGAUGUUGAUCAGGCUUCGUAGUAUGGACCUGCUGUUCUAUUUCUGCCGCCUUAUGUACCAUAGCGCAUAUCUUUGCAUUGCUACAUGUAAUACCUUGAAAAUA